AUCUGCCGAACGUGGGAUCAGGCAGAUCUGGCAGCUUUCCCGGCAAACAUAUUUGCGAUUGAGUCGGCAUUUCGACCUGCCAGAUGUGGUAUGGCCCCAUUCGAUUAUUUGGAAAAGCUAAAUGCGCACCAAUACCAACGAGACUCACGGAAGAAAUGCGGCGAUUUACAAAAUGAUAUCCACAACAGUAUAUCUUAAUUUGUAUGGUGGGAAUAUUCUGGGUGUGCUGUCAUUCGGAGCUCAGGCGCACCAGGCCCUUUAACUAAGUGCCUGGCAGCUUGCUUGAACAUGCUGGUGAUAUGAGCUACUCCAACUACCGAGCAUCAGGUUCUAUUUAAGCAAGAGAAGCUGCUGUUCGCUGAUCCGUCUGAAGAAUACAGGACUGGGCCAUUGCCUUUCUAAUUGUACAGUCCGGCGUCCCAGCACCGCUCCACCUAAAGUUAUUCGAAAUGCGCCUUGCCGUACUUCUAGCUCUAGCUCUGCCGGCUUUUUCAGCCGCAUCUGUUCUUUCCGAGUCGAACAACAAACCAUUUUUCUAUAAAGGGCACGACCUAAGCUCCCUCAAGACACUAGAGGAUGGCGGCUCUACUUUCAAAGAUACAGCCAGGCACAAUCUCACCAGACCUGUAGAAGAUAUCUUAGACGAUGGCGGAAUGAAUACCGUUCGCCUGCGAAUCUGGGUUAAUCCCGUUGGUGGGACGAAUGGGCUGGAGUAUACUAUUGCUCUUGCGAAACGGUUCCAGAGGAAGGGGUAUAAGAUAUAUCUCGAUUUUCACUUUUCCGAUUACUGGGCAGAUCCAAACAAGCAGCCGCCUCCAGCAGCAUGGCCAGAAACACUCCGACCUCUCGCUUCAACCUUACGAACCUACGUCAAAUCGACACUCAUCUCCUUUAAAAAAGCCGGCAUCAACCUCGACAUUGUCGCCCUCGGCAACGAGAUCCGGCACGGCAUGCUCUGGCCCAUCGGAUACGUCGAUGUCGAUAUCCAGCCUUGGUCUGCUACGGUUGCAAACUUUUCAAGCCUAGCGACGCUGUAUAAAGCUGCGAGAGCCGGUGUGGACGAUGCGAUCCAUGCAGGUGUGAGAAAACCAGACGUUAUGAUACAUGUCGACAACGGAUGGAACAUUACAUUGCAGCAGAGGUGGUAUGGAGCGCUUAUUGCGAACGGUGUUCCUGAAAGUGCGUUUGAUACUAUUGGAGUAUCGUUUUAUCCUUUCUAUGGGUAUGUAUACCGGUUCUUUUGUCCUAGAAGACCCAAUAUCUCAGGUAGCAGCGACAUAUCUUCAGAUCAGACAUCGGUGAACUCUGAUUCAAUAUCUCAUACCCUCAUAGAAGCAAAGCUAAGUCUUCUACAGUACGGCAGCAACAUUCUCCAAUCUCAAAACAAGUCUCAAUACCCUCGCAAAGCAAUACCGUAAACCCCUCCAGGUCGUCGAAACAGACUACCCAGCAGUUUGCAAUGGCCAAUGGAAUCCUAUCCCGGAGUCUUCAGAGCCUAAAAUCCCGUACAGCAUCCAAGGACAGAUUACAUGGACGGAGAAGGUCAUUGAGAUCGUGAAAGCGGUGCCGUAUGGGCUGGGGAGAGGUGUGCAUUAUUGGGAGCCGGCUUGGCUUAACAAUACCUCGUUGGGAAGCGCUUGUAAUGAUGCUAUCCUUUUCACGCCCGACUAUAGUAACUUCCCAAACAUGGUGGGAUACUCCAGGAGUUCGGUCAAUAUCUUUAGAUGAUCUGGGCAGGGAUUAACAGGGAACAGUCCUGGUGAUGACUAGAAAACCUGGGCAGAAAUCGUUAGGAGUUAAGAAAUGGCUUUUCGAAAUGCUGCUACAUAGUUCAGCAUGUUGAUAUGGGCCAGUGCCUUUUCGCACUGUCUUCAGGUCGCACUACUUAGACUAUUAAGCGAGCACGCUGAUUUUGGCUUAGAUGUUGACAUAUGCUGUUGAUGGCGUCUAAUGCAAGUAACAGUCCUAAAUAACAACCGAGAUUUUCGAUUUGAUUUAUUCCUGUGACAGACGAUUCCCUAAGAAUACUGAGUGAGCGCAAGAGAAAGUCGCAUUGAAUUGUCCAGGCUUUGUAGAUCUACUGAAGCGAGUUGAUUGUUCACGCAUCUCUGUAGUACUU